AAAGACACUCCCAUCAAGUUCCACGUUCUGCUCACGUCCUACGAGCUGAUCACCAUCGACCAGGCCAUCCUGGGCUCCAUCACGUGGGCCUGCCUGGUUGUAGACGAGGCUCACCGACUGAAAAACAACCAAUCAAAGUUUUUUAGAAUCCUCAAUGGGUACAAGAUUUACUACAAGCUGCUCCUCACUGGGACUCCUCUGCAGAACAACCUGGAGGAGCUGUUCCAUCUGCUGAACUUCCUCACCCCUGAUCGCUUCAAUAACUUGGAGGGCUUCUUGGAAGAGUUUGCCGACAUCUCAAAGGAGGACCAGAUCAAGAAGCUCCACGACCUGCUGGGCCCGCACAUGCUCAGACGGCUGAAAGCCGACGUCUUCAAGAACAUGCCAGCAAAAACGGAGCUGAUCGUCCGGGUGGAGCUCAGCCCCAUGCAGAAGAAGUACUACAAGUUCAUCCUCACACGGAAUUUCGAGGCGCUGAAUUCCAAAGGUGGAGGGAACCAGGUGUCUCUGCUCAACAUCAUGAUGGAUCUGAAGAAGUGCUGCAACCACCCGUACCUGUUUCCUGUCGCUGCUGUGGAAGCUCCUGUGCUCCCCAACGGCUCCUACGACGGAAACCUGCUGGUGAAGUCCUCCGGAAAGCUGACGCUGCUGCAGAAAAUGCUGAAGAAGCUCAAAGAUGAAGGUCACAGGGUUCUCAUUUUCUCCCAGAUGACAAAGAUGCUGGAUCUGCUUGAGGACUUCCUGGAGUUUGAGGGUUAUAAAUAUGAGCGUAUUGAUGGCGGGAUCACUGGAGGCCUUCGGCAGGAGGCCAUUGACCGCUUCAACGCUCCGGGCGCGCAGCAGUUCUGCUUCCUGCUUUCAACACGGGCGGGAGGUCUCGGCAUCAACCUGGCGAGCGCCGACACCGUCAUCAUCUACGACUCGGACUGGAACCCUCACAACGACAUCCAGGCUUUCAGCAGAGCGCAUCGCAUUGGCCAAAACAAGAAGGUGAUGAUCUAUCGCUUUGUGACUCGGGGCUCCGUGGAGGAGAGGAUCACUCAGGUGGCGAAGAGGAAAAUGAUGCUGACUCACCUGGUGGUGAGGCCCGGUCUGGGCUCCAAAACGGGCUCCAUGUCCAAACAGGAGCUGGACGACAUCCUCAAGUUUGGAACCGAGGAGCUGUUCAAGGAUGAAAUGGAGGCGGCUCGAACGAUGGGAGAUAACAAAGAUGGAGAGGAGGGCAGUGUUAUCCACUACGACGAUGAUGCCAUCUCCAAGCUGCUGGACCGCAGUCAGGAUGCCACCGAGGACACGGACAUCCAGAACAUGAACGAGUACCUGAGCUCCUUCAA